AGUACAGUCUGUUAUCACACCAAAAUCAUCACCUCAGAAACAUGAGAGUUUGUCACCUGUGGAACUUCGCUAAAGUGAUUCUGUUCUGGACAUUAGCGGAUGCUCAGGCAGGUGAAGAUGGAGAGGUUACAGCUGAAGAACAAGUACAGAUGCUGCUGGAUGCAAAGAUGCAGUGUCUACAAAAGGUCUCCAUGGAUGACCCUGCAGGUGGUGUGUGCCCACCAGAGUGGGAUGGUUUGAUAUGUUGGCCGAAAAGCUUCCCUGGAACUCUGACCAAGACACCCUGCCCCAGAUACAUCUAUGACUUCAACCAUGCAGGCCACGCCUACAGGAAAUGUGACUCCAAUGGUUCCUGGGUGCUUGCAGAUAGCUUAAACAAGACCUGGGUCAACUACACGGAAUGCAUAAAAUCCCCAGAGGCGAACAAAAAGAGACAGGUCUUUUUUGAACGACUGCAUGUCAUGUACACAGUAGGCUAUGCAGUUUCCUUCAGCUCUCUUCUAGUGGCCAUCUUUAUAAUUGGAUACUUCAGGCGUCUCCACUGCACAAGAAACUACAUUCACAUGCACCUGUUUGUUUCCUUCAUGCUGCGUGCUGUCAGCAUCUUUGUGAAGGAUCAUGUGGUGCACACCAGCGCUGGACUGCAGGAGUUUGAUGCUGUGCUCAUGAAUAACUUCACUAAUGCAGUGGAUGUUGCACCAGUUGACACCUUGCAGUAUAUGGGAUGUAAAGUGACUGUCUUGCUAUUCAUCUAUUUCCUGGCUACAAACUACUACUGGAUUCUGGUGGAAGGCUUGUAUCUGCACAGCCUAAUCUUUAUGGCCUUCUUGUCUGACUCCAAGUACUUGUGGGGAUUCACUUUGAUCGGAUGGGGUGUUCCAGCUCUCUUUGUUUCGGCAUGGGCAGUUGUCAGGGCAACACUGGCAGAUGCAAGAUGCUGGGAGCUAAGUGCAGGAAACAUCAAAUGGAUCUACCAGGUCCCCAUUCUGACAGCCAUUGGGCUGAACUUUAUCCUGUUUGUGAAUAUUGUGCGGGUGCUUGCGACCAAAAUCCGUGAGACCAACGCAGGCAGAUAUGACACAAGGAAACAAUACAGGAAGCUCGCCAAAUCCACACUUGUGUUGGUGUUUGUGUUUGGGGUGCACUACAUAGUGUUUGUUGGAAUGCCGCACACCUUCGAGGGUCUGGGCUGGGAGGUGCGCAUGUAUUUUGAACUGUUCUUCAACUCUUUCCAGGGCUUCUUUGUAUCUAUCAUCUACUGCUACUGUAAUGGAGAGGUUCAGACUGAGAUCAAAAAGACAUGGACGCGGUGGAACCUAGCCUUUGAUUGGAAAGGCCCGGUAGUGUGCGGGAGCUAUCGCUAUGGCUCUGUAUUGACCGGCCUCAACAACAGCACCAGCAGUCAGUCCCAGCUAGCUACAGGAGGCCCAGGCACCCGUUCCACCACGCUCUUCUCCAGCCGAGUGUACCGCAGCAGUGGGGGACCCACUAUCAGCACCCAUGCCACCCUGCCAGGCUAUGUGCUGAAUUCAGAUGCUGACAGCUUGCCACCUUCCAUACCUGAAGAACCAGAAGACAGUGCCAAGCAGGUAGAUGACAUCUUGCUGAAGGAAUCGCUGCCCACAAGGCCCAGCAGCGGCCUGGAGGAUGACGAGGAGACUCUGUAAAUAUUGGUAUGGUAACAGUUAACUAAAUUGUAUAUAAUAGCAAGUUUGGCAAUGGUUUAAGAUCAAGAAUGACAGCUGCAAUGCACAUGCUGAGAAUGGCAACGUCUCCUCUGCAACAGACACUUUGUAUCCAAGCUGUGACAUUUAGGUUUGUUUUUGACACAGUGGCAUUAGUUGACAGACUGAUAUGUUUAUGGCAAGAUAUCUCCUCCUCUUACUGUUCUGGUAGUGCUAAUGUUGAUUAAACUUUUAAAUGGUUGCUUCACGUAAAACCGAAGCUGCCAACUGGA